ACACCGGUACAUAGGCGCGGGCCGGCGUGUCCUUGGGCUAGACAGCGGGAUGUCUGCCCAAGAGUCUGAUCGUUUGUGGUGUUGAUCAGCCCGGACCGAAUUUAAAAUGGGUGAUGUUGAAAAAGGCAAGAAGAUUUUUGUUCAAAAGUGUGCCCAGUGCCACACUGUGGAAAAAGGAGGCAAGCAUAAGACUGGACCAAACCUCCAUGGUCUGUUUGUGCGGAAGACAGGCCAGGCUGCUGGAUUCUCUUACACAGAUGCCAACAAGAACAAAGGCAUCACUUGGGGAGAGGAUACCCUGAUGGAGUAUUUGGAAAAUCCCAAAAAGUACAUCCCUGAAACAAAAAUGAUCUUCGCUGGAAUUAAGAAGAAGGGAGAAAGGGCGGACCUAAUAGCUUAUCUUAAAAAGGCUACUAAUGAAUAAUUCCACUGCCUUAUUUAUUACAAAA